GCCCCACAUCCCAACUCCACUCCACUCACCUCUGCCAUCACUCAUGUGUGGGCGCUUCCCGCAAAGUCUCGCCUACCAGCCCUUUCGCCAAUCGGUGGCACCGCAACUGCCCCGCGGCCAACGCCCACGCGGCACGAGGGACGCGGACAACUAUCGUCCAUCGUACAAUGUGGCGCCCAACUCCAACGUGGCCGUCGUGAGAUGUCAGGCGAAAGAAGAGAAGCUCGAGGGAAUCGUUGGGCUGCGCGAUGGUGAGGGCGAGGUCGAGGAGCAACAGCAAGACGAUGCUGCUCCGCUGCUCCUGGUCCAAUCGAUGCGCUGGGGUCUCCUGCCCCCUUACACCAAGUCCGUCCCGCAAUACAAGGACACGAUGAAUACCAUCAACGCCCGCGCCGAUGUCCUUCUCUCGGGCUCUCCGCUCUGGUCUCGACCUUUUAAUAAGGGGCAGCGAUGCGUCGUCUUCACGCAGGGCUUCUAUGAGUGGCAGAAGACGAGCAGCGGCAAGAUGCCGCAUUUCGUUGGGAUGAAGGGUGAGGGAGUGGGGAGGAAGGGCAAGGAUGGGGAAGAACAUGGAUUGAUGCCAUUGGCUGGGCUGUGGGAGAGAUGCAAGAUUGAGGGGGAGGAGGAGCCGAGAUACACAUUUACCAUCAUCACGACGGACGUUUGUCCCUCUCUCUCCUUCCUGCACGAUCGUCAACCCCUCAUCCUUCCCUCUGCCGAGGCCAUCGCUACAUGGCUUAAUCCGAGCUCCCCACUUGACGACGUGCGCAAGCUCGUCCACCCCUUUGAUGGCGAGGGCGCGCUGGAGUGGUACAAGGUGCCGAAGGAGGUGGGCAAGGUGGGCAACGAUGAUGAGGCCUUCAUUCAGCCGGUCGAGACGAGAAAGGAUGGCAUCAUGGCCGCGUUCGGUCGGGCGUCGAAGAAGGAGGGCGAUGAUGGAGGGCGUGCUGAUCGCAACAAGGCAGUGAAGUCAGAGACGAGCCGGGAUCCGGAGCAGGACCUCGCCAUUGGAUCCUCGGCAUCGUCCUCGUCGGUGAAGAAGGAAUCCCUCCCCAGCAGAGCGGCAGACAAGCAGGACGUAGGCGAUUCCAACGCUCCGCCUCCCACCACCUCCUCCGCCGUCAAGGAAGAACCGCAGGCCUCUUCAUCGCGCCAACCGUCAUCCCGCUUCUCUCCCGAUCCUUUCAACCCUCCCGUCUCCCCACCACGACCUAAUGGAGGGUACAGCAGUGCAGAAUAUCCCGACUCGGGUCUAACCAAGUACGGUAAAGUCACUGGUCCAGGGCAUUCAGUGGGGAAGAAACGAGGCGAGAGUCCACCGGGUGGGGAGGAGGCGCGAUUGGAGGGGGCGUUUAAGAGGCAGAAGGUGAAGCAGGAGGUUGAAGAGGCUGUGAAGGAUUGGGAGGAGAAUGAAAUGGGGGAGCAGAGAGGUGAUGAGGGAGGGGAGCAGGAUGGGCAGGCGAUCUCGUCGGGCAAAGGAUCGUCUCCGGGUAAGGCGACCACGCCGAACAGCAAGCCGGGCGGUGCCUCUCGAUCGGCAGGCUCUCCCACACGCUCGACGACGACGACACCCAAGAAGAGAGGGGGUGGAGGAGGUAGCGGAUCGCCGCAGGGUCGCGACAUUCGCGCCUUCUUCUCAAAGGAGUAGCGCAUGCCUUGCUCCGUCUGCGUCUGUUGUACUAGUGUCUGGCCAGUCUUGCCCAUCAAGUCAUGUUUCUCUUCUUGUGGGUUCGACCGGCAGGUCGUCGUGCGAGCCUGGGGCUUGGG